UUGUGGUUUAUUAAGAACCUUCUUCGCCCUCCAAAAACCACCUAAAGAUUUUCGAAGCGUUAGAACCAGGCGGCGCAGGGCGGGCAUCUCCCGAGGGCAGAGCCAGCAGCGAGGCGGGGCCGGGGCCGCGCUGCCGGGAGCGGCGGCACAAUGCGGCUGCCGGAGCUGUUCCUGGUGCUCCUCUACGCUGCCGCCACCGGCACCGAACCCCGGGGAGCAGCCGCGGGACGGGGGGAGCCCGGGGCGGCCCGCGUGGAGCCCCGGCAGGCGUGGAUGCUGCUGGCCGGGAGCCCCGGCAGGGCGAGCGGCGAGCGGGGCCGCGGCGGGACCGGCGCUCACACGGCACCUGCGGGGCCCGGCUCCCCGGGAAAAGCAAACUCGGCUGCCCCGGCCUCCCCCAGGAUGCCGGAGGAGCUGCUGAGAGAGCUGCAGCUCCUGCUCAGAGGCGUGGCCAAGAUGUGCAGGACAGCUGGGCAAGGGUGUAAGGAGGAAAGCAGCAAAGGUAAGCCCGAAGCCGGGGCCCAGCGUCGUGUGGAAGCAGCUUUCCAUUGCCAAACGUGUGAAGACAUUGGUGUGGAGCAGAAGAUGUGGCAGGAGCUGGGAUCGUUCUACAUUCCUGACAGGGAGGGGAUGUUCCACCGCGGCCCAGGGCUGAACCUGACCAGCGGGCAGUACACAGCCCCCAUUGCAGGAUACUACACCUUCAGCACCACGCUGCACAUCGCCCGCAGGGAGCCGCGCAGGAAGGGGCAGGGCUGGCGACAGAGCCGCCUGCGGGUGCUCAUCUGUGUGCAGUCCCGCUGCCAGCACAACAGGUACGGCAGGGCAAGGCCAGGGAUGCUGGAAGCGGGGAAAGAGCCCUGGGAAAGGAGGAACCUGCUCCCCCCAGCACCACCCUCCCUCUUCUGCAGCCAUUUGGAGACUGUGUCUCGGCUGGAGAGCAGCAGUGACCUCUUCACCAUCUCUGUCACAGGCACCCUGUACCUGCAGGUUAGUGCUGCCAGCUCCACUGGGCAGCAGGGCUCUUCUCAGAGCUCUGCUAGGGCACUACAGCAGACUUGGCUGGGCUGCCCUGAAGGCCCUGUGCUGCUCUUUUCCCAAAAGGAAGAGUAGGGGCAGCUCCCCCAGCUCUCGGUGUGCAGGGCAGAGCUCUCUCCUUGGCUCUGCCAGGCCGUGCCUGGAGCCCAGGGGAAGUGUCCUGGCCCUGCUAAUCCCUCUCUCCCCCCAGGCUGGGCAGUAUGCCUCUGUUUUUGUGGACAACACGGCAGGCUCUCCCCUCACAGUUCAAAGUGGCUCCGAUUUCAGUGCUGUUCUGCUGGGA